CGGAAAUGACUCACCACUGAUAUUCUUUGAUGGCCAUUCAUGAAGACAGCGCCAAAGGUGUCGAGGAAGGGAGUCUACUAGUCUAUUUGUUUUGUUAAUGGUCUUUAGUCGUUAAAUCUACGUAUUAUUCGUUAUAAUUUCAGCAAUAGCCUUUCACACAAGUCUCCUGCCAUGCUAAUUAAUAUAGAUUUUUAGCUUGACACCAUCUCCCACGGUUAGCUCGGCGCUAUCUCAAGGUUAGCCACCGGCUACACUACCUGAGUGACCUGUCUUGCUGACGCAGCCAUGUCUCCAUCGAUUCCACUGCAGGAGAUGAUCCGGGCCAUUAGGUCGGCCAGGACCCAGUGCGAAGAGCGGGGUGUCAUCCAGAGGGAAUGCGCUGUCAUCCGGGCGCAAUUCAGACAAUCUGACAACGAUGGUCGAUCUCACAACCUGGCCAAGCUUCUCUAUGUCCACAUGCUUGGCUAUCCUGCACACUUUGGUCAGAUGGAGUGUGUUCGGAUGAUAGCCAGCCCUCGCUACAGUGAAAAGCGUGUAGGAUACCUCGGAGCCAUGAUGCUGCUGGAUGAGAAGCAGGAUGCCAGUUUGCUCAUCACCAAUUCCAUAAAAAAUGACCUGUCUCAUAGUAGCCAGUAUGUGCAGUCUCUGGCUCUAUGCACUCUCGCCUGUAUUGGCUCGGCUGAGAUGUGCAAAGAUCUUGCCCCGGAGAUUGAGAGGCUGCUUCGAGCCUCCAAUUCUUACAUUAAAAAGAAGGCUGCACUGUGUGCCAUCCACAUUGUUCGAAAGGUUCCAGAUCUCGGGGAGCUCUUUGCCCGAACAGCUCGCUCUCUCCUGGCCGAGAAGCACCACGGUGUGCUCCAUGGUGCUGUAGUGCUCAUCACAGUGCUGUGUGAGUGUAGUCCAGAUACACUGGAGCGCUUCAGAAAGACAGUCCCAGAUCUGGUUCGCAUUAUGAAAAGCUUGGUAACUUCCGGUUACUCUCCAGAGCAUGACGUGGCAGGGAUCAGUGAUCCUUUCCUACAGGUCCGCAUCUUGAGACUGCUGAGAAUCCUCGGGCGCAACAAUGAAGCAGCAAGCGACACCAUGAAUGAUCUCCUAGCUCAGGUAGCUACCAAUACAGAUAGCACUAAGACCGUGGGCAAUGCUGUGCUGUAUGAGACUGUUCUCACGGUGCUGGACAUCAAGUCCGAAAGUGGCCUCAGGAUCCUGGCUGUGAACAUCCUGGGCCGCUUCCUCCUGAAUAACGACAGGAACAUUCGAUACAUUGCCAUGACCUCCCUGCAAAAGAUAGUUGGGACAGACAACAUUGCCGUACAGCGUCACAGAGGAACCAUUGUGGACUGCUUGAAAGACCCGGAUGCUUCUGUCAAACGCCGUGCAUUAGACCUCUCCUUAGCAUUGGCAUCCGCCAGCAACAUCCGCUCCAUGAUGAAAGAGCUGCUCAUGUUCCUCUCCUCCUGCCCACCUGAACUCAGAGCUGAAACUACCAGCGGGAUAUUCUAUGCUGCAGAGAGGUACGCACCUUCCCAGCGCUGGCACAUUGACACCAUCCUGCAUGUCCUCACCACGGCUGGAGGUGAUGUGAGAGAUGAAACCGUUCCCAACUUGAUCCUGCUCAUCACCAACGCUUCUGAGCUUCACUGUUACACCGUCCACAAACUUUACCGAGCGCUGCUAAGUGACAUCUCUCAGCAACCACUGGUUCAGGUGGCCUGCUGGUGCAUUGGAGAGUAUGGAGAUCUGCUACUCAGAGGAGAAUGUCAGGAGAUGGAACCUGUUGAGGUCACUGCGGACAGUGUGCUGGAAGCCUUAGAAACGGUUCUCCAGUCUCACAUGUCCACCCCGACGACAAGGGGCUUUGCUCUCACUGCCACCAUGAAACUGAGCACCCGCAUCAUUGACAAUGUCGAUCGAAUAAAAAGCAUUGUAAGCAUUUACGGCAGCUGCAUAGAUGUGGAGCUCCAGCAGAGGGCAGUGGAAUAUAACGCGCUCUUCAAAAAAUAUGACCACAUGAGAGCAGCAGUGCUGGAGAGAAUGCCUGUGAUUGACAGGAACUCACCGGGUCAUACCAAUGGGGACUCGAUGGGGGGCGUCAUCAAAGCGUUGGAGGUGGACAAGGUGAAGCAGAGAGAGACCCUACUGCCACAACUACCUGCUAACCAGGUAUGUGAUCUUUUGAACCUGCUUGGGGACUCCGAGGAAUCCGUUCCGGCGGGCCCAGCUCAGGGUGACACGGUACCCGUCCAGUCCAUAACCACAGCCAAGCCUAUUGGAGGAGAGCUUUUGGAUCUGUUGGGCGGAUUUGAGCCCACCCCCUUGGCAUCAGCCCCUGCAGUGACAGUGUACGAGAAGAACGGUGUGACUCUGACACUCAGCUGUGAGAAACAGUCCGACUCGGCCGUGACGGUAACCCUGAAAGGCUGCAACUCGUCUGACUCGGACGUCACAAGCUUCGCUCUGCAGGCUGCUGUGCCAAAGAGUGUCCACUUAAACAUGAAGGCCCCCAGCGGAGACACACUUCCUGCAAGAGGCUUGGCUCAUGUGACCCAGUUGGUACUUCUCAACAAUCCAAACAAGGUCAACCUUAAAAUGAGGAUACGGAUAUCUUACUCAAGCCAAGGAUCCUCCGUUCAGGACACAGUUCAAAUUGAUUCCUUUCCUGGACUUUCUUGAUUGGCUCCAAUCACCAGACAUUCUUCAGAUUCACCAUUUGGUUGUUUACUCUGAUGCUGAACUUGGAUAAAGAAGUCAUCUAUUUGAUAUUGCAUUCAAGACAAAAGUAAUCAAGUAUUGUUUUUCAAGGUCAGCCAGGCUAUUAAGCAUCAUCAGCCUAGAUAUCAUAUUCAGGGUUUUGUAGUUGAUUUGACCUAUCAUAUGAUUGUCUUUUAUUUCUUUGAGAUACUGAAUGUCUUGUAGCACUCCGUUUGUACUCCCUCCAAAUCAAUUGGCCAACUAAUGUACUGUCACCAUAUCGUUAGACACUCAUAGCUCCCCUCUUCUCCUGUGCCUUUUAUUCUUUGUGCUCAAAGGUUUAUUAUUGUUAGUAAUCAUUCAAUUACAUUGGAAUCAGCAUUACUUGAUAAAUCGUGCAGAACCUCUUGAACAAUAGUCCUGUUUAUUUACAGUCACUCUUAAGUUUUAAGGUCUGUAUCGCACUAAUUGUUCUCAGUAUUUUUAUUUUAAAGACCAAUCCACGUACGCUUACAUUCAGAAGUCCUCCCAAAAACUGGAAAGUGUCUGCAGUGGUGUACUGUGGAUGGUUAAACUGUUCUAGAUCCAAGAACACUAUUUCAUGUUUGAAUUCACACUCAUUUUCUAAUAAAUGACCGGAUGAUUUCAGCACC